AUGGCUGUUUUCACGUUUACUGUUCUUCUGUUUGGAUUUCUACAAGUCUCUCGAGGAUGCAAUGUUCUGAUUUUUAGUGGAUACGGUGAAGGAAGUCAUUUUAUGUCUGCUGCUCUUGUUGGAAAGGAGCUUAUGCGUCGUGGCCAUAGUGUCACUGCAUUAAUAAGCAAUGCUUACGAGUACAGAGCAAACGAAUCCAGAUACAAGGAUUUCAACUUUGAAAUAUUCAAGCACAAUGUUCCUCCUGAUGAAGUUCGGCUCCGCCGAGAGCGUUCCAAAGAGUCGGUAUUCAAUAGAACCUUAUACAAGGAGGUCAAUUUCGUCAGAUCAUCCAUAAUGAAUCGACUUCUCGAUGAUUGCCAAGCGUUGUUCGAUGACAAGCCACUUCUACGAAGACUCCUGCAAGCAAAGUUCGAUGUGGCUUUUAUUAAUCCUAUUUGGCCGUGCUCGUUGCUUGUUGCCGAGUAUGCCGCCAAGAUCAGAGACACGUGUCCUUUAUGGCUACCACUUGGAUGA